GUUCAGUCCUUUGUGUCUUGAAGCUUUCUUUAUCCCUUGUGGAAAUUUGUUUGAAAUAAUCUCAGCACAAUGGCUCCCAAGAAGAUUGAACCAAAAAAGGUUGAACCCAAGAAGGAGGCAGCCAAGCCUGCUACUGCUCCUGCUACUGCUCCUGCUCCACAGCCAGAACCUGAAGCACCCAAGGAGCCCGAGUUCGACCCCAAGAGCAUCACAAUUGAAUACGCUGCCGAUCAGAUCGAGGAGUUCAGGGAAGCCUUCAGUCUGUUUGACCAAACCCCCACUGGAGAGUUGAAAAUUUACUAUUCUCAGUGCGGCGACGUCCUGCGUGCUCUGGGGCAGAACCCAACCAAUGCUGAGGUGUUGCAAGUGCUUGGCAAACCCAAACCAGAAGAGAUGAACAGGAAAAUGAUGGAUUUUGAGACCUUCCUCCCCAUGCUGCAGCACAUUUCCAGGUCCAAGCAGCAGGGCAGCUAUGAGGACUUUGUUGAGGGUCUCCGUGUCUUUGACAAAGAAGGCAAUGGCACCGUUAUGGGUGCAGAGCUCCGCCACGUGCUGGCCACUCUCGGGGAGAGGAUGACAGAAGAGGAGGUGGACCAGCUUAUGGCUGGUCAUGAGGAUGCCAAUGGCUGCAUUAACUAUGAAUCCUUCAUCAAACACAUCUUGGCUGGUUGAAACAGCCUUUGCAAAAGGCCUUUGAUCACACAGAAAGAGUGCAACUUCACAGAUUUGAACAAAACCUGUUCCUGUGACUGAUAACUGCAAACAACUGUAUGGAAAUAUCACUCAUAUCACACAGUUUGUAAAAUAAACCUUGCAUGAAAUUAAUUUUAAAAAAUCACCAUGUUCUACUUUAUGGUAUUUGAUUGCAGUAUUUCACCAAUUUAAAAGAAUUGAGAAAAAGACUAAUAAGCUGGUAUUUGCUAUUAUUCAUCUUAUAUUCUGUUUAAUGUGUACUAUUUCAGAUUGCAAUAUUCUGAGACCGAUCUAGCUGGUUUGCCACAUACUGAAGAAUUGGAGUUCUGUGCUGUGAAUGUAAAACCUGUUCAAGUCUCUGUCUGAAGAUUAAUUUUAAUUGAAAAACACUUUGGAGUUGUGUAUUCCCAUCAGAGACAAGUUUCCAAUGCAGGAUCCCGACUUACAAUUGUGCUUUUUGUAUUCUGUCCUUUCAUUUAAAACUGUUGUGGUUUUUAAUUUGUAAUAUAAUAAAAGGCAAGUAGUAUGUUUA